GCUCUGGAACUGUCAGCUGUUGACAAGCUAGUCUGCUUGAGAACAUCAGUUAAAUAUAGCACAGCACAAACUUCUCAACAAAGAAUCUGCCUUAACCCUGCCUGGCCAGACCAAAAAAAAAGAGGAAACAUUAUCUCAGCCUUACAGCAAACACCAACAGCACCUAGUAACUGUUUCAAGAAGAAGAAAAAAAAUGCUUGUAUCCCAAGCUGUGGGUAGGAAGGAGCCUGUAUGACCUCCUACUUGUCUGCCUGAUCUAUGGGAAGAGGCUGCAAUCUCUGACACUAGUCUGGCUGCACAGUCUCAGCAGCCUGAGAGCCCUGCUCUGUUGUAGUGUACGCAUUGUGUGUGCUUUGUCAGUGUUCAGUGUUUCCAUUGGGCUGCUGAGCUUUAUACAGUUACAGUGAGUUAACAAUCUCUGGCUUUUAAAGACUAAAAGGGAAAAUCCACUGAGUGACAUCGGAUAUAUUCACUGGUCCUGUACACAGCUAUCAGGUGGGAAUGAGAUCUCGAAACCAAAGUGGAGAAAGCUCAACCGUUGGGCAUGUUUCCAAAUGCAACAAUGGAAGCACAUUACAAGAUGAAAACAUUAAUGGUGAUGCCAAAAAUAAGAACAAACUACAUCGAAAUAAGGAGGGGGAUGUGCUUGCUUCGGGGACAGUUAAGAGACAUGUCAAAUCUACAGGAGUUUGUGACAGAAGAAACAAGAAACCACAUGAACCAACUAAAGAUGAUCUUAUCAAGCUACUCAGUGUAAUGGAAGGGGAACUACAGGCUAGGGAGGAUGUUAUCCAUAUGCUAAAGACAGAGAAAGCUAAACCUGAAGUUCUGGAAGCUCACUAUGGGUUUUCGGCUCCAGAGGAUGUACUUCGAAUAUUGCACAGGGAUGCUGUACUUGCUAAAGAAAAAUCCAUAGGAGAAGAUGUGUAUGAAAAACCAAUGGCAGAGCUCGACAGGCUUGAAGAAAAACAGAAAGAAACCUACCGUCGUAUGUUAGAGCAGCUCCUUCUGGCAGAAAAGUGUCAUCGACGUACAGUGUACGAGUUGGAGAAUGAGAAGAGGAAACACACUGACUACAUGAACAAAAGUGAUGACUUUACAAAUCUGUUGGAACAAGAGCGUGAGAGAUUAAAAAAAUUACUGGAACAAGAGAAAGCUUAUCAGACGAGAAAGGAUAAAGAGUAUAACAAAAGACUCAACAAAGUCAGAGAUGAACUGGUAAAACUUAAGUCCUUUGCACUGAUGCUGGUGGACGAAAGACAAAUGCAUAUUGAACAGCUUGGACAACAAAGUCAAAAGAUACAGGAUCUUACUCAAGAACUACAAGAAGCAGAGUCCAAGCUGAAAUCUGUUUGUUCAAAAGCCAAUGAGGACAGUCAAAAACUUAUUAAAUUAGAAGAGGACCUUGAACACAAAACCUCCAAAUACUCUCAAGAGCAUGAAGAAAUGACUGCAAAUUUAACCACUCAGGAGUCCAAUAACCGACACCUACGGCUUAAAGUGGUAGGCCUGAAUCGCAAAAUUGAAGAGUUAGAAGAAGCAAAUAGGGACCUUCAAAAAGCUGAUGAGGAGUUGAAAGAGUUGAGAGAAAAAAUUGCCACAGGAGAAUGUGGGAGUUCCAGCUUAAUGGCAGAAGUUGAAAACUUACGUAAACGUGUGUUGGAAAUGGAAGGAAAAGAUGAAGAGAUAAUAAAGACUGAAUCCCAGUGUAAAGAGUUACAGAAGAAACUUCAUGAAGAAGAACACCAUAGCAGAGAAUUGAAACUGGAAGUGGAAAAAUUGCAGAAACGAAUGUCAGAAUUAGAAAAGUUAGAAGAAGCAUUUACAAAAAGCAAGACAGAGUGCUCUCAACUUUAUGUUAAACUAGAAAAGGAAAAAGCACAAACUAGAGACCUGAUAAAGGAAGUUGAAAAAGUGAAGACUCGGGUUAGGGAACUUGAAACAGCAGAAGGAAGGUUAGAGAAAGCAGAACACAGUUUAAAAGAUGACCUCACAAAGCUGAAAUCUUUUACAAUGAUGCUAGUCGAAGAAAGAAAAAAUUUGUUAGAGAAGGUCAAGCAGGAGGAAGGAAAAGUUGAUGACCUAAACAAGAACUUGAAGGUUGAACAAGGAAAGGUUAUGGAAGUAACUGAAAAGCUUAUAGAUGAAAGCAAAAAUCUACUAAGAUUUAAAUCUGAGAUGGAAGAAAAAGUGUAUAAUUUGACAAAAGAAAAGGAUGAAGCGGUCAGCAAACUGAGAAGUGAAGAAGAGAAGAAUUGUGAAUUAAGUUGCAGGAUAGAUCUGUUAAUGAAAAGAGUUGAGAACAUGGAGGUUUCAGAAAGAGAAGCUGCAAGAAGUAGAAUGAAGAAAAGUUUUGAGUCUAUACGCCAUGAUGAUAACAAAACGAAAGAGUUGACUAUGGAAAUUGAAAGGCUUAGGAAUCGUCUUCAGCAGCUAGAAGUGGUUGAAGGAGACUUGAUGAAAACAGAAGAUGAAUAUGACCAAUUGGAACGUAAAUUUAGGACUGAACAAGACAGAGCUAAUUUCCUUGCCUUGCAACUAGAAGAACUUAAAAAUCAGAUUGCUAAAAAUAAAGCCAUUGAAAAGGGUGAAGCUGUAACUCAGGAGGCUGAGCUACGACACAGAAUAAGACUAGAGGAGGCAAAGUCUAGAGACCUGAGAGCAGAGGUACAAGCUCUUAAAGAGAAAAUCCAUGAUAUGAUGAACAAAGAAGAUCAGCUUUCACAACUUCAAGUGGACUAUUCAGUUCUUAAAAAAAGGUUUAUAGAAGAAGAGAAUAAAAACAAAAACAUGGGUCAAGAUGUGCUAAAUCUUACAAAAGAACUUGAGCUUUCAAAAAGAUAUAGUCGUGCUAUAAGGCCAAGCAUGAAUGGUAGGAGAAUGGUAGAUGUCCCAGUGACUUCUACAGGAGUUCAAACAGAUGCAGUAAAUCACGAAUUGGUUGAAGAAGAAACACCUGCAGUCUUUAUCAGGAAGUCCUUCCAAGAAGAGAAUCACAUCAUGAGUAAUUUACGUCAGGUUGGUCUUAAAAAGCCAACUGAAAGGUCACCUGUACUUGAAAAAUAUCCACCUGCAGCCAAUGAGCUAAACAGAAAAUCUUGGAUUCCCUGGAUGAAAAAAAGAGACAAUAUUACUCCAGUAACACCUGAGAGAGUAAUUCGUCCUAAUACGUGUCAAGCACGUCCUGGUGAAGUCUUCCUUUCACCAAAACAAGGGCAACCUCUUCAUAUACGAGUAACACCUGAUCAUGAAAACAGUACUGCUACUUUGGAGAUAACUAGCCCACCCCCUGAUGAUUUCUUUUCAAGCACCACAGUAAUACCAACAUUAGGGACUCAAAAACCAAGGAUUACAAUAAUUCCUUCCCCUGGUGUUGCAACACAGAAAGGGAAAGGAGGUGAUAGCCCAGUAUCUCCAGACAGAUCUAUGUCUCCAGUUACUAUAACUACUUUCUCAAGAGAAAAGACUUGUGAAAGUGGCAGAUCUACAUUUAAUGAUAGGCCAACAUCCCCAAUUCAGAUUCUCACUGUGUCAACAUCUGCUGCACCACCUGAAAUGUCUGCCUCUCCAGAGUCCCAAGAAAUGACUAUGGGCCGUGCUGUUUUCAAAGUUACUCCAGAAAAACAAACCGUGCCAACUCCAAUAAGGAAAUUCAAUUCCAAUGCAAACAUAAUUACAACGGAAGAUAAUAAAAUCCAUAUCCAUUUGGGUCCACAAUUUAAAAGAAAUCCUGGUACGUCUUCUGAAGGAUCAACCCCGGUCAUCACAGUUAGGCCUUUAAACAUUGGGGUAGAAAAUAAGGAAGUUGCAACGGGCACUGUUCUUCGUUCUCCUAAGACAAACAUGUCUGCUAGAUCUACAACCAACAAAGUAACUAGCUCCAUUACUAUUACUCCAUCCACAUCGUCCUCCACACGUGCAACCCAAUCAGUGAUAACACAGGAUGGGUCAUCCCAACGUCACACACACACCCGCAUUCCCAUGUCAAAAGGUAUGAAAGCCGUCAAGCCAAUAAUGGCAGUGCCAGGAGCAGGAAAUCUUUCAAAAUUUGAGCCACGUGGCGAGAGUCAGUCAAUGAAAAUAGAAUUGAAGAAAUCUUCAGCCAACAGCUCUGCCCCUCUCGGAGGGGGCAAGGGCUGAGGCUAAGCCUCAGGGAGAGUAUUGUUAUACAUCAGCUACGAAUGAACUCUAGAUGACAUGGAAAAGGGAUCAUGAAUUGAUGUACCUCUACUGAACUCCGAGUUCUACAGUAAAUGUACAGAAUCUGCACUGAAGCAACCCGACUCCGUUAACUCAUCUUUAUGCUACUGAUACAUCAACGAAAAUAUCUACCUUUUUGGAAAUAUUCUUGCAAGUGUUUGCAUAAAUUUUGUACACCUAUUUUAUGAAGCUCACUCAGUACUUUUUUAGGGAUUUUUUUCUGCAAGCUUAUUUUAAAUUAUAUUUUUAGAUGUUCUGCGGAUUUGCCAUUUUCUCCAUUAAUAUAUUUUUAUAUGAAAACAGGCAUGGUAAUGUUUUUCAUGCUUUGUCUUUGACAAGAUUCUUAAGAAUGACACAAUGGAAGCUUUGUUCCAUUGUUGGGUUGUGAGGGUUAAUGUAAUGUAUUAUAGCAAAAUGAAGCAGUAAAUAAAUGCAUACAAUAUA